AUGGCUGGUGUUUCGGAGGUCGAAACUAAAAUCAAUUUAGAAAUUGAUGGGAUCGAAAAUAGUAUAAUACUGUUUGCUGCAAAUCUUACUGAUUAUACAAAUCCAGCACUCAGUCAUAUGCAACGUGCGAGAGAAAAUAUGAUGGUCGGACAACCAACGAAUUUAGCAAUAUUAAAGUUUUCAGCUACUCCGAGAUGGAAUACGUUGCAAACUCGCAGUACUGCAGAUAUCGACCUAAAUCAUUGGAUUCUCCCAUUCAUUCAUGAAACAAACAUUGAUGAAAAGAUUUCGAUCGACGAAAAAGAAUUUGAUUUUACAGAAGAAUCAAAUACACAACAAAUUGAACAUCAAAUUCUUCUUACAUCAAUCUAA